AUGAGUGACUGGAUCGAGCAAUACUCAGCCGCUCUAGACGCCCGAGAUGCUCGCGAACAAGCUCACAAACCAUACAUAGAUGCCUACACAAAACUCGCCGACCGUACGGCAUCCAUAGCAACAACCAACACUCAGAACACCACUCACGCCAACCCCUCCUCCCCACGCGCACCGCCAUCCACAACAGACCGCAAACGCCCCACCACAACACCCUCAGACCCCACCUCCCACCUCAACACCCUCCGCACCGACCUAGCAACAACGCAAAAAGCCCGCUCCAACCUCCAGACCCGCGUCUCCGAUCUCACCGCAACGCUCUCCGCACUGCAGACAACUCAAAAGCAAUCCACGAGCCAAAUAGCCCAACACACAGCCCAGAAAGCCGCGGCAGAGCGCAAGCUGCGAGAUAGGGAGGAAGAGAUUCGUGGGAAAGCGAGACUUGUACAGACGGCGCAGGAUGAGAUGGUGGCGUUGCAGUUGCAGCUGAAUAUGGCGGAGCAGAGGAGUGAGAGAUUGGAGGCGGAGAAUAAAGAGUUGGUGGAGAGGUGGAUGAAGAGGAUGGGGGAGGAGGCGGAGAGGGUUAAUAGAGGGAGCGGAUGGGAGUAG